GAAAAAUUAAGCGGUGACAAGCUAAAGGAACGUCAAGCCGAAGACGCACUAAUUUUAAAGACAACCUACUGUGAAUGCCCAAAUUAUGACCGAAUUAUUUCGACAGCUCUCGAACUGGGUGGCGUACGAGAUUUGCCAGAGCAUUGUAAGCUUGAACCGGGAAUUCCUCUGAAGCCAAUGCUGGCCUAUCCAACGAAAGGAAUCAGCGAGGUAAUGCGUCGAUUCGGCUCAGCGCAGUUUGCCUGUGAGUACAAAUACGAUGGCGAGAGAGGACAGCUUCAUUUGGGCGAGUUCGGUGUGAAAAUCUUCAGUCGUAAUCAGGAGGACAAUACGGGGAAGUUCCCGGACAUUAUCGCGCGUAUCCGAGAGUGUUGUGAUGCGGAAACCGAGAGUUUUGAGGUUGAAGGGUGUUUUGCGUUUGCCAUCUCACGAGACACUGAGGAUACGGAGGAAAUCGGCGAAUUCUUGGAGGAGGCAAUCAAGGGGAAUUGCGAAGGGUUGAUGGUGAAAACUUUGGACGAAGAUGCCACCUAUGAGAUCGCGAAACGUUCACAUAACUGGUUAAAAUUGAAAAAGGAUUAUCUGGAUAGUGUGGGGGAUACGCUGNAUCUGUUGGCGUGUUACGAUGCUGAUUCCGAGGAGUAUCAGUCGAUCUGCAAGAUCGGCACAGGAUUGAAAGAUGACGAUUUGACAUCGCAAUACGAGCAAUUUGCGAGUUUGCGGAUUGAGAAGGCAAAACCGUAUUAUUCGUAUGAUAGCACGCUGGCACCAGAUCACUGGUUCGAGCCUGUGAUCGUAUGGGAGGUGAAAGCUGCGGAUUUAUCGAUAUCGCCGAGACAUCACGCUGCGAAAGGAAUU